AUGUCGAUGUCCAUCUCUACACAGCCUUCCACGAAGCCUCGGAAGACAAGCAGCGUGGCCAGGGAGGAGGAGACGGGGCGAGCUUUCAGGCCAGGAAAUGUGACGGGGCCGCUGAUUUAUCUGCUCACGUGGUCUUUGUUCACCAGCCACGCUCCAGCCCCCCCGCCACGGGCUGGAGGACAUCUCCCCCAAGGGGAUCCCUGCCCUCAGCUCUGGGGACUGGCACUGAGUGUGCCCGAGCGCAGGCUGCCCUCUGUGAGAUGGGGCCAGUGUCCCAUCGAAGGCGCCGCCACCCGACGGGAGGCGGCGGGCCUGGGCAGUGUGCACGUGCGCCGAGAAGUGACACAAGCAGGCGAGCGGCUGUGCGGCGUCCGUGCUGUUUUGGUGGUUCCGCUGUCUGCACCAGCCAUCCCCACCCUCCGUUUGGUCCCUGGGACCUCAGCCUGUCCCCGGGCCGAGGAGAGCCCGCUGCCCACUGCCGGCUCAGGUGCAGCCUUCGCUUGCCGCCUGGGACCCCCACCUCCAUGA